AUGACAGAUCAACAGCAGCAACAACAACAACAAUCAAUGUCAUCACCGACAUUGAUUGGUAAUAAUAAUAGAUUGUCAAUGGCAUUUGGAGGUUAUGGUCAAGGUCAACAUGGUCAAUUGGAAUCAAUGAUAAACAAUCUACCACAAUCAUCCAAUGCCAUACCCAGAAUGUCAUCGACCAGUGCAUUCAAGACACAUCCAUCAAUGGUCAACAUCAACGUCACAUCAUCAAACUCAAGUGGCAACAACACUCCAUCACUACAUUCACAGCAACAACAACAGGGCGAUGACUAUCUUGGCGAAGGAGGCAUACCCAACAAAGGAGUUAUUAUCAAUAUAUUGAACAAGUUCUUGAGUAGAAGACCUGCGAAGGAGGAUCUUGUACAGAAUAGAGUGCUCAAGUCGGAUUACAAACCAAUCCCACUGCGAUAUCAUGUGAUUGAACAGCUGUGCAGUCGUCUUGAGAAGUGUGCACUAGAGAUUGAGGGUAUCUUCCGUAUAUCAGGCUCAGCCAAUCAGAUAAGACUAUUCUGGGCCACCUUUGUAAAUGAUAACAUCGACUUCCAGCCUGGAUUCAAUGAACAUAAUAUAACAGGCGCGCUUAAAUUGUACAUUAGAGAGCAGUUCGACCCGCUCAUACCCAAUGAACUAUGGUCUGGCUUUGUUGCCAGUCAAGUGACAGCCAAUGACAAACAGAUUGAGAUCGAUGACUUGGCAGCAUUCAUGGCAAAGGUACCAGCUGACAAUAUAAAGGCACUCAAGAGGAUAUUGCGCAUGAUGAUCAUAUUCACGAGACACUCCAAGUUGAACAAGAUGAACGCUCAUAAUAUGGGCGUUGUGUUUGGACCCAACCUGUUCAGGUCCAAGCCCGACUCGCCAACCGUCAUGUACGAGGCAAAGGUGUCGAAUGAGUGCGUCACAAAGCUGAUCCUAAACUACAGCACGGUGUUCCCCGAGCUCGAAGUGCCCAUACUGGGCACAGAGACCAACACCGAGGACUAUGUCGAGGAGACGCCGGCCGCCUCACCAUCGAUGCCCCAGUCGCCUGGCAUGUCACCGACACCCCUGUCACCCAAGGUCGACUCGACACCUGCGCCAACAUUCGCGCCCAAAGUGCUCUCAGAUUCAUUGCUGGCGCCACCUUCUUCGCAGUUUGCCAGCAUCACCAAUCAGCUCCAGGCGGGUAUGCAGGAACAUCGCAGGAUACAGAACUCACCGUCAACCUCGGCACAGCAGCUCAAGGAUGCCCCGAGGGCCACACCCUCGCCGGGUCCCAUCCAUCCAUGGCUGGCGGACGCCAACCAGCACCUCAACACCAAGCAGUCACCCUUGGCUCACCUCAAGCGCACAGACUUUAGCAUGGCGUCGCAUCUCAAGUACAUUCUGUCCAAGUCCAAGCACUUCAAGAAGGAGGAGGGCUGGGACCAGUUCUUGGUGCUGCGCGUCGUCGGCAACCUGGUGCUGGCCAACUCAAACAAGAGCAAGGCGCAGGUGGCACAGCUUGGCAAGUCCAAGAAGAAGGAGAAGGAGCAGGCCGAGGGCUCGACACGCAUAUCGUUCGUGCCAACCUACCUGUUCGUCUCGGAGAAGAACAUCAUCUUCUUCGAUGUGUACAAGUAUCAGAUGUUCUACAUCCUCCCCCACGAGCGUCUAAAGGACUUUGGUCUAGACUCUGUCAACAGCGGUCUCUUCAGCCUCCAAGACAGCCAGAACAACAAGACCACCUACUUCAUGGUGCCGCGUCCCAAGAUCAUCGAGCUCCUCACACGCGCCCUCGAGCGUGGCAGAUCAAUCGCCAAGUUGAAUGUCAAGUCAUUACCACAUCUUCAGGUGAGGAAGUACCCAAUGUUGGAGACAUCAUCGGCACAGGGAUACGGCAAGUUGCCAGAGUCGCGACCAGUGUUUGAAGCAUUGACAGCACGUGGAUUCACUGAACUCGAUGUGUGGGAGGGCACUGUGGACCUGCUAGAGAUCGUCAAGCAGUACAAGUCCAUCCUACUGCCCAUUGACACCAAGGCAGUGGUGGAGUUCCUUUUGCCCUCAACCGACGACUUCAAGGGCGUCUACCGCAAGUCCUACAAGCUGGACAUCAGCACGCCCGUCUUCAAGAUCAUCUGUCUAAUCUGUGAGAAGGUCAGCAGCAACCUGAAUGCCCACCAAGUUUGUGCUGCGCACGCUUAA